UCAAGCCUGAAUAUCGAAUCCAACUCACAGUUGAUAAGCGUUUUGAGAGAGAGAGAGAGAGAGAGAUGGCAUCCAAGCUGCCAAAGAGAAUGAGAUUGCGCAGAAAGCUUCACAUCUUGAGAACCCUUACCAACUCCAAAUCUGCGAAGAAAAGGUCCAUCAUCAUGGAUGCUUUUCUUCUCAUUUACAAGCUCAAACUCCAUCUCCAGACAAUCAAAAGAGAACCCCUCUCCUUGCUGAACCUUACCCAGGAGGAGGUGAAAGUAGAGAAGAUGGGGGCAGAAUUUCUGGUGAAAGUGAUGUGCAAGAAAGGGCAAGAAGUGCUGGUGGCCAUUCUAGAGAGCUUUGAGAGAAUGGGUUUGGAAGUUCUGCAAGCUAGGGUUUCGACCCACCCUUUUCUCAGCCUGGAAGCCAUUGUUGAACCUCGAGACCAGGGGUUUGAUCAUCUUGAUGUCAAACAUAUCAUAGGAUCUGUUCAUCAGGCCAUUAUUAGUUCCUCCAGUUAACAACGUCCAGUAAUGCUAUAUUAAAUUGGUGCAAAAUGCAUGCAUGUAUGGAACUCAAAAUUAAACUAAGCACUUGAUGCAAACUUAGCCCAACCAAUCUUUUCAUUACUAUAUAAAUAUAUGCAAGAAAUAUCACCCAUCUAACAUCGAUCCACAUGAAAAAAGCAGGCCUUGGAAAAUAUUUUUUAAUCAUAAUUAAGCAUAAAAAUAUUAGCAUAAUGAGG